UCGCAUUCCAUUCCAAGCUAUAUCUCUAAAACUACACCCCCCUGCUCGCAAACCUAUUAUCAUUCAACAUGUCUGGCUGGGACGACAAACCUGUGAUCAUUGGUCAACGCCAACAGAGGCCCACUGUUGCCAAGGGCUCUGCUUUGAACAUUGCUCAGCGUAACGGCUCCAUCCUUUCUUCAGAGUCCAAGGGUGCCGGUCAAUCCAAGGGCGCUGCCAACCACCAACAUAUCGCCAAGCUCGACCGGGAUGACGCCCCUAAACCCCCUGAGAAGGUCUCUGUAGACGUUGGUAAGGCUGUUGCGUUGGGUCGUAUGGCCAUCAAGAAUGCCGAAGGGAAGAGUAUGACUCAGAAGGAGCUCGCGACUUCGGUGAACGCUAAGCCUCAGGACGUACGUUUCCUUUCCUCCUGCCUCGCGCUUUCCAUCCUCCUACCAAGCCCCCUAUCCACCCCAUGACCUGCAAUCGUGGCUGACCAAGCAAUUGCAGAUUGCCGACCUCGAAACCGGCCGUGCUGUCCCCGACCAGGCCCUCCUCGGCAAGCUCGAGCGCAAGCUCAACGUCAAGCUGAGAGGAGCCAAGAACCUCAUCGGGACACCUCUUCACGCCAAGAAGGACAAGAAGUAAUGGUUGAGGAAGAACGGGGCAGAAAGAUAGAAAAGCAGUAUCACUUUUAUAAGCGAGAGCAGAAUUUGGAGUUGGAGGGCACGGAGUUCACUUGUACAAUCAUAUCAUUCCAAUGCAUCGUGCGGCUGCUCUCGUGCUCUUCUGCCUCACUCCAGUGCAGACAGAGGGCAAUGUAUAACG